AGGGUUUUUGUUGCUUGUUAUCUCUGGAAUCGGUCUCUCUCUCUCUGAGAAACCAAACAAUUGUAAGAAAUUACGAUUCUGCCCCUAGGGUUUCACGCAAUGGCGCCUGUUCUGAGCAGGAGCGUGGGAGCCGCUUCAAUCCCAUCUUUCCAUUUUCGAUCUUCUUUGAAGAAUAAUGGAAGAGGAUUGAAAUGCGCAACUCCGUUUCUUCCGCAAACCGUUUUUAGAAGCAGAUUCUCUGCAGAUUUGGGUCUGAAAUGGAAGGUGGAGGAGGGGAGAGGUGGUCGGAUGGUAUCGGUUAGGUGCGAUGCAGCGGUUGCGGAGAAAGAGGCUCCUGAAGCUUCCGGGGAGAAGUUUGAGUACCAGGCUGAGGUCAGCCGUCUUUUGGACUUGAUAGUUCACAGUCUGUAUAGCCACAAGGAAGUAUUUCUCCGGGAGCUUGUAAGUAAUGCAAGUGAUGCACUGGAUAAACUAAGAUUUUUAAGUGUGACCGAACCUUCUCUUCUUGGAGAUGCUGGUGAAUUGGAGAUCCGCAUCAAGCCAGAUCCAGAAAAGGGGACCAUUACCAUAACUGAUACUGGUAUUGGGAUGACAAAAGAAGAGCUCAUUGAUUGUCUUGGAACUAUUGCUCAGAGUGGUACCUCGAAAUUCCUAAAGGCGCUUAAGGAAAAUCAGGAUCUUGGUGCCGAUAAUGGCUUGAUCGGUCAGUUUGGUGUUGGAUUCUACUCAGCUUUCCUCGUUGCAGACAGGGUGGUUGUAUCAACAAAGAGUCCAAAGUCCGAUAAGCAGUAUGUGUGGGAAGCCAUAGCAGACAGUAGUUCAUAUGUGAUAAGGGAAGAGACGGCUCCUGAAAACCAACUGCGUCGUGGAACACAAAUUACGCUCUAUCUCAGGCCAGAUGAUAAAUAUGAAUUUGCGGAGCCAACAAGGAUUCAGGGGUUGGUUAAAAAUUAUUCGCAGUUUGUCUCCUUCCCCAUCUACACCUGGCAAGAAAAAUCAAGGACUGUGGAGGUGGAAGAAGAGGAAGAACCAAAAGAGGGCGAAGAAGCACAGCCGGAGGGUGAAAAGAAGAAGAAGAAGAAGACUGUAACUGAGAAAUAUUGGGACUGGGAGCUUGCAAAUGAGACAAAGCCUAUUUGGAUGCGUAAUCCAAAGGAAGUAGAGAAAGAUGAAUAUCACGAAUUCUACAAGAAGACAUUUAAUGAGUUCUUGGACCCACUUGGAUACACCCACUUCACGACAGAGGGUGAGGUGGAAUUCAGAAGCGUUCUUUACAUACCUGGAAUGGCACCUCUUAACAAUGAGGACAUAGUGAACCCAAAGACGAAGAACAUACGUUUAUAUGUAAAACGUGUGUUUAUUUCAGAUGAUUUUGAUGGUGAACUGUUUCCUCGAUAUUUGAGCUUUGUGAAGGGUGUUGUUGAUUCGAAUGACCUUCCUCUUAAUGUUUCUCGAGAAAUCCUUCAAGAAAGUCGAAUUGUAAGAAUUAUGCGAAAGAGGCUUGUUAGGAAAACAUUUGACAUGAUUCAGGAUAUAUCAGAAAGCGAAAACAAAGAGGAUUACAAAAAAUUCUGGGAGAAUUUCGGGAAGCUUCUCAAAUUGGGUUGCAUUGAGGACUCAGCAAACCACAAGCGCAUCACACCUUUGUUGCGAUUCCAUUCAUCCAAGAGCGAGGAGGAAUUGAUAAGCCUAGAUGAAUAUGUUGAAAGCAUGGGUGAGAACCAGAAUGCUAUCUAUUACUUGGCCACGGACAGCCUGAAAAGUGCGAAAACGGCCCCGUUCUUGGAGAAGCUGGUCCAAAAGGACAUUGAGGUUCUGUAUCUGGUGGAGCCCAUUGAUGAGGUUGCUAUUCAAAACCUACAGACCUACAAAGAGAAAAAAUUUGUUGAUAUCAGCAAGGAAGAUUUGGAGUUGGGUGAUGAGGACGAGGUGAAAGAAAGAGAAAACAAGCAAGAAUACAAUCUCCUCUGUGACUGGAUUAAGCAACAGCUUGGUGAUAAGGUGGCCAAAGUGCAAGUGUCGAAGCGUCUGAGCUCAUCACCCUGUGUGCUUGUCUCUGGCAAGUUUGGAUGGUCUGCUAACAUGGAGAGGUUAAUGAAAGCACAGACCCUUGGUGACACGUCUAGCUUGGAAUUCAUGAGAGGGAGGAGAAUUUUAGAGGUCAAUCCAGAUCAUCCCAUCAUUAAGGAUCUCAAUGCUGCAUGCAAGAAUGCCCCAGAAAGCAGCGAAGCUAAGAGAGCUGUUGACCUAUUGUAUGAUACCGCAUUGAUCUCAAGUGGAUUCACGCCUGAUAGCCCAGCCGAGUUGGGUGGCAAAAUAUAUGAGAUGAUGUCCAUUGCCCUGGGUGGAAGAUGGGGAAGAUUGGAAUCAGAAGAAGAAGCGGAUGCAGAUUCCGAAGCAAGCUCCGAAGCCGGCCCUGCUGAAAGCUCGGAUGCUGAGGUGGUUGAGCCCUCAGAGGUGCGGUCGGAGACUGAUCCUUGGAGGGAUUGAGUCGUUCUCUUUGGCAGAAUUGAGAGUUCUUCACUGGAAGGUGAUAUCAAGAAGUGGUUGUAGGUUGAGAAUAGAAUAUAAAAACCACAAAAAAUUUGAAGAAUGGGUUGGGAAGAGAGGAAAAUUUUGAAUUUUUUCUGGUAAAAAUGCUGUUAUAAACCAACCUUCAUGUUGUGGUGAGAGAGAUUUUGAAAGGCAUAUAUAUAGCUGUUGUAGUAUUUUUGAUAACGGACUUCAACAUAAAUCCUUUCUCGUUACAUCAGAUGGGGGGCUUCUUUAUUAAAAGGAAAGAUGGGCAUGGAUUUUCAA